UUGGAUUAGUCGCUAAGAAUCAUGCUCUCUUUUUACAUUCAGCUCGCCUGAGGUGAAGGAAAGCUGGCUAGAUACGCUCCACUGGAAAAUUAAAGAAGCAAAAGGUAAAGACGCUCCCAACGUACCAUCAACAAAUUUACUCAUGAAGGUGUUAAGUGGCAGCACUGCAUCUAAAACACUAUCGGGAAGUAAUAUGGAUUCCUUCAUCGAAUCUGCUUUGGAUGGUGAUGCCAAAACUUACCACUCGUCAGCGCCAUGUGACAGUGAAGAUGGAACAUGUCAUCUGAUUGAAGGCAACAAGAAGAGGAAGAAAGUGUUGUCUUGGCGUUUUCAGUUAAGGAAGAGUUCGAUACAGUCUGACUCCUCCACUCAUUCAGACCCAGAUAUGAAGACCCCUUUAUUCGGACAGCCUUUGUCGAUGGUCUGUGAUGAAGACGAGAAACUUCCCAAGCCCAUUAUGGAUAUUCUUACACUCUUGUUGAAAAAAGGCACCUCCACUGAGGGGAUUUUCAGAAAAGCAGGAAACGCAAAGAUCUGCAAGGAGAUCAAGGAACAGCUAAAUGCUGGAACAGAGGUUGACAUGGACACAAGACCCAUUGUUCUUCUAGCAGCUGUCUUCAAGGAUUUCCUGAGGCACAUUCCGCACAGCUUGCUGUUGACUGAACUUUAUCUUCCCUGGAUGGUAGCAAUGGAGAUGGACAAUAUUAAAGCGAGAUACCACAACCUAAAACUGGUAGUAGAGAAGCUCCCAAGACCCAACAUUCUCUUACUGCAACACUUCCUUUGUGUGCUUCACCACAUCAGCAAGAACUCUGAGAUUAACAAAAUGGAUGCCAGAAACCUUGCUGUUUGCAUUGGGCCAAACAUGCUUUUGCUUGACAGCACAUUAUCUCUCGAAGUGCAAAAAGAGAUGACUGAAAAGAUUACAACUUUGACACAGUUUCUAAUUGAGAACUGUUGUGAAAUAUUUGGAGAUAACAUCACAGCUUUGUUUGGUGAGCCAUUUGAAGAGGAACUGACUAAUAGCUCAGAAACAUCAUCAUCCCACCAACAUGACUCUGCCUACGACAGCACAGACCCAGAUGUUGAUGGAGACUCUGGGAACCUAAGCACAAAGCAACAAAAAGACACUGGCUGCAGUAUCCAAAAAGAAAACAAUGACCUGGAACUUACUGAAUAUGGACACAUUUCUUCAACUUGUGAAAAAGACCCUCCUUCUGACAUUUUUGAAACAUUCACAAAAAGAAUAAACAGAAGGUGCUCAGAGCCAAAUAUUUUGGUUCAUAACCCUUCAGUUGGUAUAAAAAGUCAAAAGCUGACUCGGAGCCAAGGUGACUUCUCAGUUGAGACAGAAGACCUAAGCUUUGAAGACCAGCAACUUAAAAAGCAAAACUCAGACGAUUGUUUUGUGACACGCUGUUUCAGGGACAAAAAGCCUGCAAGUCUGAAGCUGAGCAAUAGUUUGCAAAAGGAACUGCCAACAACACCUUCCUCUAAAGCGUCUUCAACCUGCUCCCUGGAAAGCACUUUUUCCAAUGUUUCUGAUAACUCUGUCUUUACCAGCUCUCCUUUAGCAUCCCCAUCUAGCCCCAAAAGGUCUUUCUUUGGCAGGCAUCAGUCUUUCUCUGCCAGAGCUACUGAUGACAUGGAGAAACAUGACAAAGAACUGAAGAAACAUUCACUGUCCUUUUCUAUAAGGAAUGACAAGAAGCCCCUAUUUAAAACAAAAAGUUGGGGACAAACCAGCUUCAACAGGAACAGCCUAAAGAAAGACUCUCAGAAAGAAAGCCAGUUCUCAUGUGACACUCUUCAGGAAGACUCUCAAAAUGAAGCUGAUUCAGCAGAACCACAGCCCAGAGCUCAUACAACAUCAAUUUCAACCGAGGAGGUCUUUCAGCAGGUAGACAGUAAAAAACCGGGCCAGCCCCCAUCUUAUGAAGAGGCUAUUCGGAGCCGAACAUCUCCUCCUCCCACUGAAUACAGUUCCAUGACAGUGCAAGAUGCUAGAAACAAAUUGUCAACAGAUAGAAAGACCAGGCCAUCUUCAGUAACAGAGAACCUUAAUUCCAUAACUAAUAGUACAUUUGGCUACAAGGAGAGAUGCAAUAUUAAGGACAGCGAUACAAUAGCUGAAAAAUCAACAACAUUCCGUCACAGAGCCAUGUCUGAAUCCAUAUCAAGAACUAGACUUGACUGGGUGCAGCGUAGGUGUAGCCAACCGCUUUUUGAGGAUAUUUCAUAUGCUAAGGAAUCCUAUGUGUAAAUAUUUUGUUUCUUUACUGUACAGGUGUAAAUAUGUGUGCAUUGUACAUAUAUAGACACAUCCCCAGCCAACACAAUGGAAGCAAUGGAAUAAAUAUACUUACAUAUUUAUCAGAAUCUGAACAGACCGAACAUCUGUACCCACAUUAAAAGCUACCUGUAAAUAGUCGAUUAGUAAAAGUAAGCUUUAUAUAGCACUUGUUCUGUAUACAUACGGUAAAGCUAUGUAAACAAAUAAAAUUAGCUAUAUUUAUACUAUACACCAAACAUAUUAUUGUUGGGCUAGCUUUUUUUAUAGUAUAAUGUAUUUUUAUAUAGUUACUGUAUAUAUUAAACUGUCAACUACAAUUUCUGAUGUUGUUUCCACUACA